GUCCCUAGGCCUGCUUCCGUCUCCUGCUGCGUCCUGACGAGCCUCAGGGCCUGCACGAAAGGGAGUUGGUGGCGGGAGGGUGGGGUGUCUCUUUUUUCCCUAGUCCUGUCCGCGAGUGCGUGAACCCUCCUCCGCCCUUCCCUCUGUCGCUGUGGACCCUCCUCCGGCGGCUCCCUUCCGUCCGUCUGUCUGUCUCAGGACCUCCCUUCCGUCUGGCCACCCUGACAGGUCCCUUCCCAAGCCCCUAGGGACAGCAGAGGAUUUGGGAACCAGCAAGCACCCCCAGGGCACGAGAAGAGCCUCUGCCACCUGCCCUGCCUCACCCAGCCCCACGCCAGGCCCGGCCACCCCGGCCCCCAGCUGCAUCAAGUGGAGGAGGCGGCAGCGGAGGAGGGUGGCACCAUGGGCCCGGGCCGUGCCCUCCAUGCCCGGGGGAUGAAGACACUGCUGCCAUGGACAGCCCGUGCCAGCCUCAGCCCCUGAGUCAGGCUCUCCCUCCAUUGCCAGGUUCUGUGUCAGAGCCUUUGGAGCCUGGCCGGUCCAGGAUGGGGGUAGAGAGGUACCUGCCGUGUCCCCUGCUACCCUCCUACCACUGUCCAGGAUGUCCAGGAGCUCCUACUGAAGCCUCAGCAGGGAGUGGGACCCCCAGAGCCACAGCCACUUCCACCACAGCUAGCCCCCUGCCAGAGGGCUUCGGAGGGCAGGAUGGUGGUGAGCUGCGGCCACUGCAGAGUGAGGGUGCUGCGGCACUGGUCACCAAGGGGUGCCAGCGACUGGCAGCCCAGGGCGCCCGGCCUGAGGCCCCUAAACGGAAAUGGGCAGAGGAUGGUGGGGAUGCCCCUGCACCCAGCAAGCGGCCCUGGGCCAGGCAGGAGAACCAGGAGGUGGACGGGGAGGGCGGCAUGGGCUGCAGCAGUGGCCGUGGUGAGGCCAGCGCUGGGCAGAGGGAGGAGGAGCUGCCCACUGCGCCUGAGCGCUUGGCCCUGGACUAUAUCGUGCCCUGCAUGCGGUACUACGGCAUCUGUGUCAAGGACAGCUUCCUGGGGGCGGCGCUGGGCAGCUGCGUGCUGGCCGAGGUGGAGGCCCUGAAACGGGGCGGGCGCCUGCGUGAUGGGCAGCUAGUGAGCCAGCGGGCUAUCCCACCACGCAGCAUCCGUGGGGACCAGAUUGCCUGGGUGGAAGGCCACGAGCCAGGCUGCAGAAGCAUCGGGGCCCUCAUGGCCCACGUGGAUGCUGUAAUCCGGCACUGCGCUGGGCGCCUGGGCCGCUACGUCAUCAAUGGGCGCACCAAGGCCAUGGUGGCAUGUUAUCCAGGCAACGGGCUGGGGUAUGUGAGGCAUGUUGACAAUCCCCACGGCGAUGGGCGCUGCAUCACCUGUAUCUAUUACCUGAAUCAGAACUGGGACGUCAAGGUGCAUGGCGGCCUACUGCAGAUCUUCCCUGAGGGCCGGCCUGUGGUAGCUAACAUCGAGCCACUCUUUGACCGGCUGCUCAUUUUCUGGUCUGACCGGCGGAACCCUCAUGAAGUGAAACCAGCCUAUGCCACCAGGUACGCCAUCACUGUCUGGUAUUUUGAUGCCAAGGAGCGAGCAGCAGCCAAAGACAAGUAUCAGCUAGCAUCAGGACAGAAGGGUGUCCAAGUACCUGUAUCUCAGCCGAGUACGCCCACCUAGUGGCCAUCCCCAGAGCUGCAUGAACAGACAGCUUGCCCUGACUUCGGGAAAGCCCCGGCCUGCGCUGCCCGGCCAGCAGCCCACCAGUCUUGGUGCCUAUUCCUUCCCCGCCACAGCUGCUGCUUCCAACUUUGCCUCUGUCCUGCCUGGUGUGGAGGGCUCCCUCAGUCACUGAGGACCAAGGAAGAGGAGAGACCUGUGCUGCCCUGUGAUGGGGGCUGGGGUUGCAACCUGGGCAAGGGCCAGUGUUGGGGGCUACCAUUACUGGAGCUGGGGGCCUAUGUCUUGCCCCUCUCAGGUGUGGAGAGCUGGAAGGAGGCAUUGCCACUUCCCACCAGGAUGCAGGAUUUGGGGUUGAGGUGAGUCAUGGCCUCUUGCUGGCAAAGGUUUGUGGGGGGGAACAUCCCCAAGCCCCCCACUCCUCCAGCCUGGAAUGUGAAGUGACUCCCAACCCCUUUGGCCAUGGCACCUUUUGGACUAGGCUGCCACUGCUUGGGCAGGAUAAAAGGUGCUGGGAGGAGCAUGGGUGUGCAAGUCCUGUCAGCCAAGAAAUAAAUAAAAGUUUACCUCAGAGCUGCACA